AGAAAAUCUCAUCAUAUAACUCAUAUAAAUUAAAAAAGUUUAUUGACAAAAUUUCAAGAGUAAGCGAUCCAAGUUAAGGUCCACUUAAAAGAUUUGAUAUAAGAAUAUGUGGCAUUUGAGAAUGCACGAUAACUCAUAAUUAUCAACUCAUGUUUUUCCAAUGUAAAUGUAUAUGUCUUAUUCUGCUAUGACCAAGAUAGUCAUAUAUAUAUUAUUUUAGUACUCCUACAACUUACUAAAAAGAUUACUAGCUCGCUCUAUAAAUUAUAUACGCCGACAAGCUUUUCCUCUGGCUGGUCGGAAAAAUGAUACAACCGUUCGUGUCGACACUAAACACGAUAAAUUAUUCCCAUGAUGUAACUGCGUCUAAUCAUGCAGGCGAAGUUAAAAAAGGUUUGCGGUCGGAGGAAGAAGAUGAAUUGCUUCGUAAGUGUAUUCAGAAAUAUGGUGAAGGUAACUGGAAACGUGUUCCUAAGAGGGCAGGAUUAAAAAGGUGUCGAAAAAGUUGUAGAUGGCGAUGGUUAAACUAUUUGAAACCUAACAUUAAACGAGGGGAGUUUAGUGAAGAUGAGGUUGGGCUAAUCACAAAAUUGCACAAUUUUCUUGGAAACAGAUGGUCCUUGAUAGCAGAUAGACUUCCAGGAAGAACAAUAAAUGACAUAAAAAAUUACUGCAAUACUCAUCUCUACAAGAAGAACUUAUCUUCUAAUGAAGCACUUCCCACCAAAACAAACCAUGGUUUCAUUGUUAGUGAUUGCACAAAGGACUCUAAUGGGCUUGGCCCAAACAAUGAAGGCCCGAAUAAGAGCCCAUUGAUGGAUGAUUUGAUGGAAGAAGAACUAAAACAUGCAGAAUGGUUGAAGAAUAUACUAGCAGAAUUGAAAAAAGAUGAAAAUGAAAUCGAUUUUCAACUUUUUAGUGAGCCUCUUAUUGGGCCGAUUUUGGGGCAGGUAGAGCCCAACAUAGAUGAUGGAAUGGACCAGUGGUUGUCAAUAUUAGGAGAUACUAAUUUUCUCAUCUCUUCGUGAAACGACUUUAAAAUAAAAAUUUACAUUAUAAGUACAAAUUAUUGUAUAAGACAAUCUUCUGAUAAGAUGUAUAUCAUAUAUAGGUUGAAUACUCAAACUAAUGAGUAUAUAGACUCAUGUUGUAUCAAUUGGCCUAUUCAAUCCGCUUAUAAUACGCGUCUACAUUAAAA